AGUCCUGACGUCACCUUUUAUCCAUUCAGCAUUCAUUAUCCGAUAAAUAAGAUUACUACAAAAACCAAAUAAAUAAUUAAAUAAACACAAAAUUAAAUUCAAAAUAUAAGAAUAAAAAAUUGCAAAAAUAGAUAGGCCUGGUCUUUAGCUCCCUCUUGUUCUUCACUUCUGGUUUGUUUUUGUUCAUCUUCUUCUUCCUGCUCCUCCAUCCGCACCCAAUUCCUCUCGCUCCCAAAUGAAACGCAGAUUCUGUCCAAGCCCAUCAAAAUCUGCAGUCUUUAUCUGAAUCUGGGCACCCCUUUUUCUGUUUUGGGCACCUGCUUACCGUUUCAUAUGGCUUUCAAUCCGUUUCUGCCAUGAAGAAGUUGGCUCUCUCAACUCUGAAAGGUCGACAGAAGAGAAAAGUGGAGGGAUUUGAAGCUGAUUGGAGAAAAAUGGAGCAACCCAUAAUGCGCACGUAGGGUUUCGGCGUUUCGGAUUCAACGGUCGGUGCACCGCUUCGUAUUCGAUCUCAUCCGUUUGGUGGUUACAUAUAUCGGACUGAGAAUUUUGAAGUGGUGUUAGUAAUGGUGUCUGCGAAUGACCCGAUCGAAUCGUUUUUCAAUUCGAUUCAGCUGGUUAAGGAAGCGCUUUCGCCGCUCGAAUUGGGCGUUCGAAAAGCGGCCAAGGACUUUGAGUGUUGCUGGGCAGGCCAUAAGAAUAAGUUAAAUGCUGCUGAAUUUGUUACCCAAUUCAGUGGUGGUGAUAACAAUGGUAAAGUUAAGAUCUUUGGGGGAAAGAAGAAAGCUGGUGACUGUGUGAUGGUUGGCGAGGAGAGAAAGAAGGGAAUGUUGGUUAAGGUUCCGAUAAAGGCGUUAUUUGGGAAGUUUUCGCCAAAUUCGGGGAAUGGAAAUCGACCUGAGUUGUCGAAUAGUGAGUUGAGAGAGAAGGAUUGUGAUAAGGAGGAUGGGUCUUGUGCGAAUUGCAUGCAGUUUGCUGUCACUUGGUCUGUGUUAGUUAAUAGUUUUGUUCAGGCAUUUCCUGGUCCAUUCAAAUUGGGUAAGAAGCGGGUCCAGAAAAUGAGCGAUGACGACAAAGCGUGUUCUUGUAAAAAGCCAAAGGUUUUAGGUAACUUGAAACAGAGGGAGUCUACGGAACAAAAUGUUAAAAUGAUUCAGAAUGAAGCCGUGUCACAUGAAGAAGGAAAACAUGUAUCACUAGAAUGCCUUCUUGGUUUUGUUUUUGAUCAACUUACUCAGAAUCUUCAGAGGUUUGAUCAGGGUGUUCAAGAGAGUGAUUGUAAACCUUGUGAUACUUCCAGUGAGCCGCCCUCUUCCUCUCAGAAUGACCAUUUCAGGGUGAUCGCGGGUUUGUUUGAAGGUCGAAAAGCAGAUGUAAAUGGGUUUUUGGGAAACUUGACGUUUGCUAGAGUGGGAGGAGUGCCAUCAGGCGUUGUUGGAGUAUCGUCUUCAGUUGAUGAAGAGGGUGAUGAGGAUGUUACUGCAAAUAACCCGGCAGAAUCAGCUGGCAAUUCACCACAGAAGCUUGCUAGCGAUAUACUUAAUAUUCCCCUAUCAAAUGUAGAGCGUUUGAGAUCCACGCUAUCCACCGUUUCAUUCACCGAACUAAUUGAACUUGUACCUCAGCUGGGGAGAACUUCUAAAGACUAUCCUGACAAGAAGAAGCUAUUCUCUGUCCAAGAUUUCUUUAGAUACACAGAGUCUGAAGGAAGGAGAUUCUUUGAAGAACUGGAUAGAGAUAGUGAUGGGCAAGUCACUCUAGAAGAUCUCGAAAUUGCAAUAAGAAAGAGAAAAUUGCCACGGAGAUAUGCUCAUGAGUUUAUGCGCCGUACUAGACGUCACAUAUUUUCAAAAUCAUUUGGUUGGAAGCAGUUUUUAUCCUUGAUGGAACAGAAGGAACCAACCAUUCUACGAGCAUAUACUUCUUUAUGUCUGAGCAAGUCUGGAACACUGCAGAAAAGCGAGGUGUUGGCCUCACUUAAAAAUGCAGGACUUCCAGCUAAUGAAGACAACGCUGUUGCUAUGAUGCGGUUUCUCAAUGGUGAUACAGAAGGUUCUAUAUCUUAUGGACAUUUCAGGAAUUUUAUGCUCUUACUCCCUUCUGAUCGACUUCAAGAUGAUCCUCGGAGUAUCUGGUUUGAAGCUGCAACCGUUGUUGCUGUUGCACCACCAGUGGAAAUACCUGCUGGAAGCGUACUACGGUCUGCAUUAGCAGGGGGGCUUGCUUGUGCUCUAUCUACUUCUUUAAUGCACCCAGUUGAUACUAUUAAGACUCGAGUACAAGCAUCAACAUUAACGUUCCCUGAAAUUAUUUCCAAGCUUCCACAGCUUGGAGUGCGGGGAUUAUACAGGGGCUCAAUUCCUGCAAUUCUUGGACAGUUUUCAAGUCAUGGCUUGCGAACUGGGAUUUUUGAGGCAAGUAAACUUGUGUUGAUAAAUGUUUCUCCAACACUCCCGGAUAUACAGGUUCAAUCUAUAGCAUCAUUCUGUAGCACAUUUUUGGGAACAGCAGUGCGAAUUCCUUGUGAGGUGUUAAAGCAGCGGUGUCAGGCUGGCCUUUUUGACAGUGUCGGGGAGGCUCUUGUGGGCACUUGGAACCAAGAUGGUCUUAAGGGUUUCUUUCGUGGGACUGGUGCCACUCUUUGCCGUGAAGUUCCGUUUUAUGUCGCUGGCAUGGGGCUGUAUGCUGAAUCCAAAAAGGCUGCCCAGCAAUUUUUAGGGCGGGAUCUGGAACCUUGGGAAACAAUUGCAGUUGGGGCAUUAUCUGGCGGGUUAGCAGCUGUUGUCACCACACCAUUUGAUGUGAUGAAAACAAGAAUGAUGACCGCUCCACCGGGUCGACCUGUGUCAAUGUCAAUAGUGGCCUUCUCUAUACUACGGCACGAGGGACCGCUUGGCUUAUUCAAAGGAGCGCUACCCAGGUUUUUUUGGAUUGCUCCGUUGGGUGCCAUGAACUUUGCAGGCUAUGAGCUUGCUAGGAAGGCCAUGGACAAAAAUGAGGAGCUAAACAGCGAGCAGCUCCAACAAAAGAAGUGAUGAGAUUACUAUCUACCGCACCAUCUCCCAGUUGUUUUGAAAUUAAAGCAAUUAUAUGCUGCCGGAAAUUUUCGACUUUUUUUUUCCCACAUUUACCGGCAGCAUUUGCUUGAAAUUUCCAUCCGACCUUUUUGCUUCGUGGGUCAGAAAUUGUACUUGCCCAGUUCCAUAGGUUAUGUUUUGAACUUUUUUGGUCUUCCGGCGAUGACAGUGGAAAUGCCGUUGACGUUAUUUUGUACUUAAUGAAUUAUACACAGUUUUGUACGCUCUGUGCAGUUUGUACCGUCAUUCUCUCUCCGUUAUACAUUUAACCAGAAUGUCUAAAUGUACAUGCCAUUUUCCAUUAAUGAUGGUUUUCUUUUAUCGCUCU